AUGAGCUGGAAUAAGGUUUCGCUCUUCGCUCAAAACCCGAAAGGGAAAUUCCCACCCCCAAAUUUGCUGCUGCUCGACUUUCAGGACCUGCCGCUCUCAGCUCGGCGCCACCGCGGCCACCGGGCAGGGCCGGGACGGUCCCCACCACGGUGCUCGUUCCCUGUCCUGCCCGCUGUGAUGGAGAUGGAGGAGGUGUUCCUGCAGCUUUGGGGGGAGGUGGCCAGGCUGCAGGAGCUGUGCUCAGAGCAGGGGAGGCUCCUCCAGAGGCUGAGGGCCAGGAAGGGACCGGUCCUGGACAUCCCGGUCUCGCUGCCUGUCCAGUGCACGGAGGAUGUGGGGACAGGGGAUGGACAAAGGCCACCUGAGAGCCACCAAACCCGCCCAGGAGCUCUGACACCCUCCACAUCCCACCCGGAGGGCUCUGCUGGUCCCAUGGGACAGCCCCGGGCCACCAGCAGGCUCCCCCCGAGCCCUGGGCAUGGUGCAGGAGCCGCAGGAGCUGCAGGAGCUGCAGGAGCCUCAGGAGCCUCAGGAGCUGCAGUAGCUGCAGGAGCUGCAGGAGCUGCAGCUCUGGGCAGCAGCUCAGGGCAGGAGGGGGAAGUGCCCGCCCGGAGGAGAACCUGGAUCCUCCCCAUGCCCUGGGAAGGAGGGAGAGCUUCCUGCAGCCCUCGGGAGCUGGAGACACCCAAUCCAGGGGCUGGGGGCUCCUUCCCAAAUCCUCUGGAUCUCUACGAAGCCCCAGAAGUGCUGGAGAGGGAGGAGGCUGCCGGGGAUGUGGCUCUGGUGGAGAUCCGAGGGCCUGUGAAGACCUGCUGGACUCCGGGCUGGGAGCUGGAGGAGGGCAGCGGCCCCAGCGGCGAGGCUGCCCUGGGCUGUGAGCUGUGCCAGGACAUUCCCCCCUCGGGGGCAGCGGGACACGCGGGACACCUGAGCCACCUGCUGCUCCACCUGGAGCGGGACACCUGAGCCACCUGCUGCUCCACCUGGAGUAGGACCGGCCCUCCCAGUGGGAAAUGCAUGGAUUUGCACCCUGACCCACGGGACAGACUCUGACAUUUCCCAUUUCCAUGGAGAGAUGCUGGACAUUUCCCAUUUCCAUGGACAA